AUGAGUUUCGGUUUUAGUAUCGGUGACUUUCUUGCGGUCAUUGAGCUGGCUAGCAAAGUCCGAAAGGAGUUUGCCGGAGCUCCGAGUCAAUUUCAAGAGAUUUCGGCUGAGAUCAGAAGCCUCAUGAUCAUACUUCAAGACGUUGAAGAUGAUGAUGACAUAUCAAACCAGGAGCUCAGCGACGAGCAGAAACGCAACCUCGGCGAGUUUACGAGUAGCUGUCAACGCGUCCUAGACGAUCUCAGAAAGGCAAUCUCGAAGUAUGAUACAUUGGGAUCAGAACAGCAUGGUAUCAAGAGAGGGAAAAGGGUAUGGGAACGGCUUAGGUGGGACGCUAGCGAAAUCAGAGACUUUCGAAGCCGAAUAACUUCGAAUAUUCAAUUACUAGUCUCAUUUCAACAGCAAUGCUCUAGUCGUACCAUCAAUAAUCUAGCAAGAAGUCAGGAAGACCAGGAUCGCCGUGUGAUUCUUGACUGGCUUACCCCAAUAGACUAUGAUGCUCAGCAAACAGAUUUCAUUAGCCGAAGGCAGCCGGAUACUGGGAUCUGGUUUCUUAACUCGCUAGAGUAUCGAUCAUGGGUGGAUACGAAGAAGCAGACGCUGUUCUGUCCAGGUAUCCCUGGUGUUGGCAAGACAAUUCUGUCUUCUAUAGUUGUUGAUGACCUCUUUAGUCGAUUUAAAGACGAUAAUGGGGUUGGCAUUGCAUAUAUCUACUGCAACUUUCGACGACAGUCUAGGCAGACAAUGACAGAUAUAACCCUGAGUUUACUUAAACAGCUUGCGCAAAGGAGACCAUCCCUCCCGGAUGCGGUAAAGAACCUCUACAAGGGCUAUGGACGAGAUGGGAUGCGACCAUCAAACUAUGAGGUCUCUGGAGCGUUGGAAACAGUCAUCUCUUCUUACUCUAGAGUGUUUGUUAUCGUCGAUGCACUUGAUGAGUGCCAGGUGUCUAAUGGUACUGGGUCCAAACUUAUCUCAGGCAUCUUUAAUAUCCAACAAAAGCACGAGACGAACUUUCUAGCUACCUCGAGGUUCAUUCCAGAUAUCACGGCGAGCUUCAAAGGCUAUACGACGUUGGAGAUCCGCGCAAGCAAGGCGGAUGUGGAGAAGUACGUUGAUGAUCAUAUAGAGGAGUUACCGUCCUUCGUUGCUGGGAAACCAGGACUAAAAGACGAAAUUAUACGUACUAUUUCAGAUGCAGCCGAUGGAAUGUUCCUAUUGGCACAACUAUACCUUAGAUCUCUUCGCUCGAAGACAACCCCCAGGAAGCUUAAGACCGCUUUGGAUGAUUUUGGAAAGCAAAGCGGACUGCAAACGGAAGAAAAUAAGAUAAAAAUCCUCAAUAGUGCCUAUGAGACGGCGAUGGAAAGAAUAAAUGGGCAAGAAGAAGGUUUCAAAGAUCUCGCGAUCCGGAUUUUAUCGUGGAUCACCUGUGCCAAAAGGCCAUUAACCACUUUGGAGAUCCAACAUGCGCUUGCCGUCGAGGUUGGCGACCAAGAAAUUGACGAAAACAAUAUCGUAGAUAUCGGACUGAUGCUCUCGGUGUGUGCUGGGCUAGUCACUAUCGACGAAAAAAGCAAUAUUAUUCGGUUAGUUCACUAUACAGUCCAAGAAUACUUUGAAAGAACACAAGACCGAUGGUUUCCAGAAGCGCAACUCUCUAUAACGAAAGUCUGCGUUGCGUACCUUUCUUUUCAAUGGUUUUCAGGCGGGGUCCAAGAGCAAAUUUGGUCAAACCCCUUGUAUGAGUAUGUUAUAGAAAGUUUGGGGCAUCAUGUCCGUGCCAGUCCGUUAUGCCAGGAGGUCCUGUCAUUUUUGAAAAGUCCAGAUCCAGUCAAAGUGCCAGCCGAAUUCUUCAUGUGGACGAGCCCAUUACAUCGCCCUAGCACAGGGCAAGCAACUGCGUUACAUAUAGCUUGCUACUUUGAUCUUCUAAGAGAAAUCGAAAAUAUAGUUGAUUGUGACCUGGAGGUUAAGGAUAGCGCAGGAGAAACGCCGUUAGCGUGGGCAAUAAGAUACGGGCGCAAAAGGAUGGUCCGGCUAUUGGUAGAGAAAGGUGCGAAAAUACAGGUCCCUCUGAUGUUCAACAUUAUUUAA